UUAAUUUCUCUCACAUUUCCCCAUUUUUCUUUUCUUCUUUCUAAGCUCAGACUCAAAUCCUAGGGUUUAAAAUUUUCCCGAUUUCUCCAAUUUUGAUUUCUUCAGGUGUUUUAGUCGUUUACCUUUCGAUGGAAUCGAUUAGAUCACCCUAUUGGUGCUACAGAUGUAACCGGUUCAUCCAGAUCCGGGUCCGAUCCCCCCAAGAUUCGAUCCUUUGCCCCGAUUGCGGCAGCGGAUUCAUCGAAGAAUUCAAAACUCCUUCCCGUUCUCCAAUUCACCACCGUUUCCCCGCCUCCACUAUGCACUCUGAGACGCCCAGCCCAGGUCUCGGCCCCAGUCCUACUGGAACUCCUCCUUUCCGCCAAGUUCGAAGGAACGCUGGCGAUCGAUCCCCUUUCAAUCCCGUCGUUGUUCUCCGUGGGCCUACCUCCGAAUACGACAGCGUAGUUCCUGAAAGAGGAAAUACCAAUUUUGAGCUUUAUUAUGAUGAUGGGUCAGGGUCGGGUCUUAGUCCCUUACCCGCUAGCAUGUCUGAGUUUUUAAUGGGUUCGGGUUUUGAUCGGCUUCUUGAUCAGUUAUCUCAAUUAGAAGUAAACGGAGUUGGCCGUUUUGAGCGACCGCCUGCUUCCAAAGCGGUGAUUGAAUCAAUGCCGGUGGUUAAGAUUAGUGGCGGACAUGCAAGCAGGGAAUCCCACUGUGCAGUUUGUAAAGAGCAGUUCGAACUAGAUUGUGAAGCUCGGGAAAUGCCUUGUAAGCAUAUUUACCAUUCGGAUUGUAUUUUACCCUGGCUUUCGAUUCAGAACUAUUGUCCAGUUUGCCGCCAUGAGUUGCCAAGGGAAAGUAAUGGAAACAAUGUAAGUGAAAAUGAAGCAGCCGUGGGAUUAACAAUAUGGAGGUUACCGGGUGGUGGGUUUGCUGUGGGGAGGUUUCCCGGUGGGAGGAGAGCUGUGGAGAGAGAGUUUCCAGUAGUUUUCACUGAGAUGGAUGUUGGUGGGUUUAAUAAUGCAGCAGGUGCUCUUAGAAGGAUUUCAUGGGCGCCAAGUGGGAGAAGAUCAUAAGAAAGUGGAGGAUUGAGGCGAGUUUUUCGGGGUUUUGUUUCAUUUUUUGGGAGGUUUAGGAGCUCCUCAUCUCGUUCAGGUUCAGAUUCUGGGUUUACGAGGAUAAGCAGAACAAGUUCAGUCUUUGGGAGGUCAUCUAGGAGAGAGAGCAAUUGAAAUUUCGAGGAUUGAAUGGUUGGACAAUGGAUUCUUUGUUCAUUUUUAGGCUAAUCUGUUUUCUUUUUAUCUGAUAUUAUAAUGUGGCAAUUUUCAAGAAGGAAGGGAAUGUGUGUAGAUUGUAUGAUUUUACUCGAUGUAAAUACUGACACUUUUGGCGAAGGAAUGAAGAACUACUCGAGCUUAGAUUCUAUUGAAAGAGAAAGAGGCUUUCAUGAAUUGAUAUGUGCAUCAACGAGGAACAAGUGGAAAAAGAAGUUUUUGUGGUUAGUUAGAAUGAUCGUUUAGUGGUUCUGACCUAAAUUUGUUCAAUUAGUAAGCUGCUGUGAUAAUUCAUUCCCUCGCUUCUUUCUUCUAUGUAAUUUGCUAUCAGGGAUUUUGCUGUUUAUUUGCAAUCCUUAAUACAAAUUGUCGAGUUGUUGACAUUGUUUCUUUUAGGUUUUACUUGAGUGGAAGCCAAUCCGC